AUGAGGCAGUGCUUGUGUCGACCAGCUCGAGUGAUCGAAGAGCAGCCGUUGAAGCCGUCAAAGCUUCCAUGGGAGUUGGAGGAAGAAAUACUCUCACGUCUCCAACCUCAUUAUCUUGUUCGACUCAAAACCGUAUGUAAACGAUGGAACUCUCUUUUCAACGACAAGUUUUUCCUAACCAAGCACUUGUCUCGCUCACGUCCUCAGUUCAUCUUCCAGAACCAUAGAUGCGAGACUUUUUCAGUAGACAUCAUCAAUCACAAUAUCAUCGAACCAACGAUAAACUUGCGUGAGCUACCUGCCUCCUCUGAUACUGAUAAUAUUGUUCCAUACAAGGAUACAAUGAAUUACACGAACACCACUACAUGUGAUGGGUUCCUGUUUUGUAAGUAUGAGUUUUGGAAUCAGAAUGGGACAGCGCUGUGGAAUCCGUGGCUGAGUCAGGUCAAAUUUAUCGAGUACGAAGAGUACUACGAGGAUAAAGUAUUUUGUAUUUCCGGCUUUGGAUACGAUAGUAGUAGACCCCAAAUGGUUUACAAGGUCUUGGGAUAUUUUUCUUGGAAAGACCAAGACCAAGAUGAUCACCAGCCGAGAGUUGCCAUCUAUGAUUGUGCAUCUCACGUGUUCAGAAUUAUUGAUACAUCUGAAACAGCUGGACGACGAAACGUUUCCUUAAAUGGAAACCUCUACUGGAUUUGUUAUACUAGUGAUGAGUUAUUCAUUCGAAGCUUUGAUUUCUCGAUGGAGAUUUUCAAACCUUUUUGUAUCCUUCCGACUCGGGAGAACCAUUUUUACGAUAUGUCUAUCCUCGCGGUUUACGAGGGAGAUCGUUUUUCCUUGUUAAAGCAAUGUUGUAAAAAUUUGAAGAUUGAUAUUUGGGUAACCAAGAAAAAUAUUGAUAGAGAAGAAAAGGAAGUAGUGUGGAUAAAGUUGAUGACUUUGCCAACAACUCAAGUGCCAAUUCUCUGUUGGAAGGUAAAUCUCAUUAGUUACUUCAUCCACGAUAAGACUCUUUUCAUGUGUUGUGGCGGCAGUCAAUAUGAUGCGGCUUGCAUCUAUAUUGAGAGGGAAGAUCUGUGCAAGAAGAUUCAAAUAGGUCAAUAUUGUCACUGUGUUUCUACUCCCAGUUUGAUCCCGCUUCCUUUAUUUUAG